UUUAUUUAUUUAUUUCCUGAAUUUACGUUAUUAAUGUGUUGGGUGUGGAAAUCUAAAUCUAAAUUAAUAUUCACUAAUUUAAUUAUUUUGUUUUCAUGUUUUGACUUUUGGGAAAGAAUCAAUCAAUGGCUGACAACCGAUCUGACAACAGAGAGGAUGAUUAUCUAACUGAACCUGAACCAGUUGCCGUUAGUCCUGCUGCUGAUGAAGGUGGCUCUCGGUUUCUAACAAGCGACGGCGGGGAGUAUGUUUACCAGGAAACAAGUGAUUUUGAUGAUGUCGUUGAGGAUAUACCUGUCUCGCUUCUUAUCAAACCACUUAAGGAGAAGAUAUCCCAUGAAAUAUUUUGGAGACUCAUCCUCAAUGAAAAGGUUCCAGUGACGACAAGCCUUGUAGCAGUCAUGGGUUUACCUAACUGUGGAAAGACAACAGUUUUGGAAUCAGUUCUCAAACAAAAGAUAGAAUUAAAGGAUGAGGCAGAAUUAGAAAUCAAUCAUUAUUUAAACAGAAAGAGAGAUGAGAAGUGUCUGUCGAUAUAUGAUUUAUGUGCUCUCGGCAGUACACACCAUACAUUUGCCUGGUCCUUUGCCACCAAUCGAUAUGGAGCAAUAUUUUCGAUUCUUUGUGGUCUCAUUCGCCGAAACCCAUGUGUAGGAGGUAUCAAGUUUGAAAUAACCAGCCAGCCACCAAAAUCUGUCAUGGAUAAGCACAUUCGAUGGUUGCAGAGCAAGACUAAAGAGUUACUAGAGGGCAUUAAAGAUGAUCCUGGCAAGGUGACCCUCAUUCAUGAUGGUGUCUCUUUUAUUAAUGCAAUUGAUGUUGGUGUCAAUAAGGCUCUCUACCCAUUUUUAGCUGUGAUGUUGCUGCAUUGCCAUCGACACAUUUGUCUUGCUUUCUUUUCGAUGAAUAGAGAUGGACCUAAUCUUGAUGAGUAUGCUGACCUACCUUCUGAUCGCUAUGGAGGGAGAAAUGAUGAUGUUUUAAUUAUGAAAAAAAGGUCACGACUCACGUAUCUCCUCCAUUUUGCUACAGUUGGUUACACUCAGCAACAGCGCAAUCAGGAAGAAGUACAGAAUGCCACUGUUAUGGUUGCAACAAGAAAUGAACCGCUUGAAGAUCCGAAGAGAGUGGAUCAAGCAGAAUCGCUUGAAGAUCCCAAGAUAGUGGAUCAAGCAGAAUUGCUUGAAGAUCCCAAGAUAGCGGAUCAAGCAGAAUCGCUUGAAGAUCCCAAGAUAGUGGAUCAAGCAGAAUUGCUUGAAGAUCCCAAGAUAGCGGAUCAAGCAGAAUCGCUUAAAGAUCCCAAGAUAGUGGAUCAAGCAGAAUCGCUUGAAGAUCCCAAGAUAGCGGAUCAAGCAGAAUCGCUUAAAGAUCCCAAGAUAGUGGAUCAAGCAGAAUCGCUUGAAGAUCCCAAGAUAGCAGAUCAAGCAGAAUCGCUUAAAGAUCCCAAGAUAGUGGAUCAAGCCAAAAACAAAAUCAUCAAGCAAGCAGAAUCACGGAAUGUAGACCAGUUUCUAAAGAACUGGUUAGAGGUUGAUGUCAAUGAUGAACGAUCCAUAGAAAAAUUUGGAGAGAAGAUGGAAGACCUCAUCAAAUACAAGUACAAGCAGCGUACCCUACUCCUUCCCCUCAGAUGGAUAGUGCUGAGGAGUCUAGUGGUAUCACUUGACAGUAAAGGAGCAAAAGUUAUGAUUUUGCGUAAGAGUUUCAUUAUACAAAAAGCAAUAGAGCUGGAGAUGACAAAGAAAGAAGUUGAUGAUUUUUUAAAAACAUUCACAGAUUUCGGAAGCAUCCUCUACAUGCCUCAGUAUGAAAAAGUUGAAGAUAUUGUCAUUGUCAAUAUUUGGGAGUUCACUCAGUACCUGGAUAAGCUUUAUUAUCCUCAGGAAAAAGAACCGUAUGCUCCCAAUCUGUUGAAGUAUGGGAUCAUAUCAGAAUCUUCUGUCAAAAAAAUUUUUUGCAAGCAUCCAGAGAGUGCUGAUGAUUUUAUGACAGUUCUUACAACAAUUGCAAUGGCCUCUAAAAUUAAAAGUGGGAAGUCUAUCUUCAUUGAUGAUCAGCAGCAACCUGAUGAGGUACACUAUUAUUUACCGUUAGCAAGAACUCGUGCAGAAUAUACACCAUCAGAAGAAGAGAAUGAUUAUGCUUUCAUUGAGAUAGAGAGUGUCAACUUCCCAGCCAAUGUACAAGCUUGCAUUAGCUACGCCAUCAUGGAUAACAACAAAGAUGCUGUUCUUAUUGCCACAGACUACAGCAACAUCUCACGGUUUCUAUUCCAAUCUGAGAGUGGCCCUCCCAUUGAAAUAGAGAUGAUAUACAAAGGAAGCAAGACAAGAUUAAGAAUAAUGAACAACUCUAACGACAUACUCACAUCUCCAGCAACAGUUGAAGCAUGCAAAAAAGUUAUUGCUGGUUCUUGCAGAUGUCUUGACAGAAAAAUUAAUACGAUACGUGACCUCAAAUACAGUUUUGCUGUUCCGUGUGCAUCUCCUAAAGGUGGAUGUCAUUUUCUCUAUUAUGAUCGUGAGCCUCAGCUCUGUGAUGCUUGCUCAGCUGGAAAUAAUUUCAGAUUAUGUUGGAGCAAAGCAGUAAAACAGUGUGACUUGUUAAGCAAAGGUGGUGAAGCAAGAACAAAUGAAAAUGAUCUACUGAGCUUUCAAGACAUUUCUGGCAUUAUUACAGGCAAAUAUGAAUUUGAGGCCUUUAAAAAAGCAUUGAACAUUGAUGAAAGUAAAUUCCCUGAAUUGAGUAGUCCAGGAAAUGAGGAUGGCAGGAAGAAAGCAAUGAUGUUGAUGCUGCUAUUGUGGGAAAAACAAACAGACAAGCCUACUAGGCAUGCUCUGAUGGAUAAAUUAAAAGAGAAUGGGUGUGAUGAUAUUGCUGAGAAACUUAAAAACACUAGUAUAGCAUAUUAGUUUUGAAAAACUGUAGUUGCUAGUAAAUUCCGUCUUAUUUUUGCAUUAUUAUAAUAUUUUUAGCUGUAUUUUCAAUUUUAAAUUAUAGAUUCCAUUGUUGGGCGUGGCUCAUAAA